UUUCGCAUUGCAUUGCUGCAAAAAACGCAUAAUUAAAAAUACGUCCUUAUUUCAGUUUGAAAUGCAUUUAUUAUAGAGCGGUAGUAAUCCUGAAGAAGCGCUGCAACAACGUGUGGCGGCAAAUCGUCGUGAGCGUCAACGGACUAAGGAGUUGAACGAUGCAUUCGCGAUUCUACGGCGAAUUGUCCCAUCGCUACCGUCCGAUAAAAUGAGCAAAAUUCAUACCCUUCGAAUUGCAGCUGAUUAUAUUCGAUUUCUCGAUCAGAUGAACGGUGAUGGAUGUCGACUGUUUGGCUACGAAGUGCAGCUCUACGAUGGUAAUUUGCAAACAACGUUCAAUAUGUGGCGAGGUGGCAUGGCAUCACUACCACACUACUAUAACAGUAAUAACAAUAGCAACAACAGCAACAGCAGCAACAAUAACAACACUGAUAAUGCGCCAGCUGCACCUCACCUACUAGCCCAUAUUAAAUUAGGUCAGCAUCAUGAAAUUUCAAGAAAAUUUCCGCUCAUACACUAGGA